AUGUAUUGCAGAUAUUUUGUCCUCAUCUGUGCGUGGCUUUUUCUUCCAACUCAAAGAAAGUGCACGCUGGGCCAUAAAUCGGACACACACAGCAGUGACGCGGUAUCGCUCCCUGGAUUUGAGAACCUCACAGAGGGCUACAACAAAUAUCUCAGGCCAUAUUUUGGUGGGAAACCUGUUCAAAUAGCAUUGAGCCUGGACGUUGCAAGUAUUUCAAGUAUAUCUGAGAGUGACAUGGACUACACUGCUACAAUAUAUCUGCGGCAGCGCUGGACGGACCCCCGCCUGGUUUUUCAUGGCAACAAGAGCUUCACUUUGGAUGCUCGUCUAGUGGAAUUGCUAUGGGUGCCAGACACAUAUAUUGUGGAGUCUAAACGGUCUUUCCUGCAUGACGUUACCGUGGGGAAUCGUCUUAUAAGAUUAUUCUCCAAUGGCACUGUCUUGUAUGCAUUAAGAAUCACUACUACUGUUGCAUGUAACAUGGACCUGUCAAAAUAUCCCAUGGACACACAGAUGUGUAAACUGCAGCUGGAAAGCUGGGGAUAUGAUGGAAACGACAUAGUGUUCACUUGGUUUAGGGGAAACGAUUCAGUUCAUGGCCUGGAAAAACUACGUCUCUCUCAGUACACUGUGGAACGUUAUUACACUCUGGUCACGAGAUCCCAGCAGGAAACAGGCAACUACCCGAGACUGAUACUGCACUUUGAGCUGCGAAGAAAUAUCCUGUACUUCAUUUUGGAGACCUAUGUUCCUUCCACGCUGCUCGUUAUCUUGUCCUGGGUUUCUUUUUGGAUCACCCUGGAUUCGGUUCCUGCAAGAACCUGCAUUGGAGUAACAACUGUGCUGUCGAUGACAACUCUGAUGAUUGGCUCCCGGACCUCACUAUCUAAAACCAACUGCUUCAUAAAGGCCAUUGACGUUUAUCUUGGCAUCUGCUUCAGUUUCAUUUUUGGUGCCCUGCUGGAAUAUGCAAUUGCUCACUACAGCUCAUCACAAAAACAUGCAGCUAAAGAGCCUCAAAAGGGGCCUACCAAAGAAACUGAAGAUGUCAACAUCACGAACAUCCUCAAUAGCUCCAUCACCAGUUAUAAGCAGAAAAUAAGUUUAGCCAGCACUGAGAUUUCCAGCGAUAACGUCGACUAUCGUGACCUGACCAUGAAAACCCAUGACAAAAUUAGGUUUGUGUUGAGAAACAAAAUGCACAGGAUCAUCAGCUAUUUCACAAUUCAGAAUCCCAGCAAUGUUGACCAUUACUCAAAGUUACUUUUUCCUUUGUUUUUCAUGCUGGUCAAUGUAUUUUACUGGGCUUACUAUCUGUAUUUUUAG